GACCUCGGCAAGGGGUCCGUACGAGAGGAUUGGCCUCUGCAUCUGGAUCUAAAUCGGAAGAAUCCCAAGAGUCGACGAUAAAGGAGGGCAAUAGAAUUAAGCAUUCAGAGGAUGAACGGGAUCGGGACCGAGGAGGAAGUCGAACAUUGAUAUCGGAAAUAUACGCUGUUCUUCGACGCUUUCGAAAGGAGAACCACCUGGUCGAUUUUGUCCGCGAGGUAUGCUGCUAUCCUAGCGAUUCCUUGUGCAAUUGUUCUUGGUCCCCCAGCCUCAAGGCCUCAGACCGCUAACUACGUGUCACUCUUUAUUGAUGUCAUGUCAGAUCCACAUGGACUCAACUGAUUUCCCACAGUUCCCAUCACCGCUUGUUAUGCUGAUAAAGUUCCCUCGACUCGAGGUGCUGUCCUCAAGAUACCGUCGGAAGCAGACCAGUCUGACAAUAGAUACACACACCCUCAAGGACCUGCUCCGGAAUGGGGAUAUACUGCCCCACAGCCUUCAUCUACGCCGCUGGGACAUAUUCCAUCCCUAUAUGACUAAGGAGGACAUUACAGGGUUCCAAAAUAUCUUGGAUGCGAUAACUAUUGUCGGAGCGGAAACACAUCAGCCGAGUGCGAGCAGAGAUCGGAAAUCGCCGAGAGUCUCGUUGGACAUUCGGUUAUGUCCAGGAUCAGCUGUUUCGUCGUCUGAUUUACCUCCAGUGUUAUCAAGCAUUAGCCCGCAUACUAAUAGGCCCCUACAUUCUGGAGGAGGAAUGCACUGGGCAUCGAGUGCCAGUCCCAGCGUGCCAGGAUUCUAUACAGGAGCAGCGACGCUCGCUACUUCGCAACCUUUGGUAACUACGCCCACACCCUCAGCGAUGCAAUCAACUCCAUCUACACCGUCGCAACCAUGCGGCAACAUCGUCUGGAUUCUUGAAAAGUGUCGCGUCUGCAACGAACCUCAGGAACGUUGCUGGCAAUGCGCAGGGCAUUGUACGAAAUGCCAUACCGCACGAGUACCUCCAUAUAUCAACCAUCAAAUGGCUCUGGAACGUGAGCGAACGAGAAAGAUCUCCGCGGCAUCAAGCGAACAAGGCCCUGCAACAAACAUGUCUACACAGGGUCAAAUCAAGGCUGCACGGAGACCACGUACGCCUCCAGGCUCGAUUUCGCUAUCACAGAUGGCUGACCCUUUGCAAGAAGUCCGAUCCGCAUAUUAUUCAACACAUGGAGUUGUCUCUUCGCCAUUGAGUGCCUUGUCUGGUCUGCUUCCAACUGAGGGGUCUGACCUCUCGGGCUCACACUCAGCGUCAUUGCCAUUGAUGCGACCCCCAGAGUUUAUUUUUUUUGACUAGAGAAGCAAUAAAAUACUUCGAUAAUGAUGGCCGUGCAAAAGGCCAGGCAUAUUCGCAACCGCCUUAUCGAUUAAAACUACACGGCGACGGAUUGUGAAAGAGAAAAUGGGUCGAUGAUAAGCUGAAGUGAUAUGGAACCCUACAAGGAGGAAGAUAGAGUGACAUAUUAGUCGUACUCAUAGCCGUAGUAUCAUGUCUGAAAUCGAACUACACGGAGACCGACACCAGUUUGCAUC